UAUCGAGAGCCUUCCAGUGUUGGCGUGGCGCAACAUUUAACCAACACUGUAUUUAUUGACAGAGCUUUGAUAGUAGUCCCAUGUGCAGAAGAUGACUAGACUGGCCCAGCUGUUACACUACACUAGCCUGAGUCAGGCAUUGUUUUCCAAGCCACUAUCCCCGCUGGGGCCACCGCUGCCUUCAAGGGGGGAAUGUGACCAAGGAGAAUAAGCCCGCUGAACCUUCCAAGAUGGACACCUUGUCUCUUUUUAUUUAUCUUUCUUUUCUUUCUUUUUUUUGGUUGGUUUCUUUUAGUUUUUACUUUCACAUGUUGUCCCUUGCCUUGUCUGCUCCCUCUAGACUCUAGCUACACUAUUGCAUUAUUCCUAGCAUAUUGUUUUUCCGUUUAUUAUUUUUCUUUUUUCCUCUCUCUUUCUCUCACCUCUUCUCUUUCUUUCUUUCGCUCAUUCUCUCCUUCCACAGUCUGUGAUUGAGUUCUGUCCAGGUUGCCAUGGCACCCAGGUGGAAUGUGUAUCACACAUGGGCUGCCAUGAAGAUGACUAACACAUUUUACUUUCUUUGUCUCCUGCUCUUGGUCUAUGGUUAGGAUUUCAAAUAUAGGGCUCAUCUAAACCUUAAACUCACUAGGAGAAAGUAUCAUUAACUUAUAAGUAGUAGAAUAGAAUAGAACCUUUACAUUGGUAACAUAAUGCUUAUACUGAUAGUAUAAGAAUUUGAUUACAUGGACUUUUUAUUGCUUUUGCCCUUAAGCCUUAAAUUAUUGUAAUUGUUUUUUUUUCUUCUCAAAAACAAAGCCACUAGAUUAAUUGAAAGACCCACUGCGCCCUUCCCCUCUUCCAUUCAGGAACGGCAGAUUGAACCAGUAAUAAGAAAGUGAAAGAUUUCAAAUCCAUUGUUUUUAGGUUUUAAGUUUUGGUUAACGUUUGGGAAUUUCUCAAGAUUCUUAAAAAAUGUUCUUCUUUUCUGUAUCUGAUGUUCUGUGUGCUAUUAGUGAUGCAGCCAUCAUGAACGGUUGUCUUGUGUUGCACUCCUUUCCAACACUGCGAAACGAUCGCCCUACGGGAAAAGCGCCCAUGCUUGCUAUCGUAUGGUUCAUGACCAAUAUGUUUCCAGUACAGGUGACCCAUACCUCAAAGUGUUCUCUGCAUUAUUUUUGAAUCUAUGAAAAAAAGAGGACAAAAAUCAGGAUUUCCCUUUCGUUUGUGAGGAAGGAGUCAUGUUAACGUUUUUGUCUGUUCAUAGCCUGAAUGCUAAAUGACUGACUUAUUACAGUAAAUUUGAGAAGUAGAGGGAAACCUCACUGUGGAUGCUCAACUUUUUUUUAGCAUCGGCUCUUAGACUCCUCAGUAACUAGCCAAUAGAGCUAGGUCUUUGUAUGAAGAAGGAAUGUUCUCUCUCUCUCUAGAAUACUGGGGCUAUAAUACUGCAGUCAUAGAGGACGCAGAAGGGUUGUUUCCUGCCAUGACCUGCUCUAACUCCUCGCCUUGUCCCACAGGGAAGAUCCCAGAAGAAGCCAAGGCCUUGUCUCUCUUGGCACCUGCUGCCCCCCCUGCUGUUCCUGCUGUACCCAGCCUGAUGCCAGGCGCCGGCCUGCUGCCCCUUCCCACCUCGGCCCCCAUACAGACUCAGCUGAGCGUCCCUAUUGUGAGCCUGGCGGCAUUGCCAGCUGCCCUGGACCCUGCAGUGUCGGCCCUGGCUGUGACUGGAGCAGGUGGGGUGUCGUCCUCCGCCCAGCCCCCCCUCAUGGGGAACGUGGAUCCCUCCAAGGUGAACGAGAUCAGAAGGACUGUCUACGUUGGCAACCUCAACUCGCAGACCACUACUGCAGAGCAACUGCUGGAAUUCUUUAAGCAGGUGGGCGACGUAAAGUUUGUGCGCAUGGCGGGGGACGAGACGCAGCCCACACGCUUCGCCUUCGUGGAGUUUGCCGACCAGGAUUCAGUGUCCAGAGCGCUGACCUUUAACGGAGUCAUGUUCGGAGACAGACCCUUGAAGAUUAAUCAUUCCAACAACGCCAUUGUGAAGCCCCCAGAGCUGACCCCUCAGGCUGCAGCCAAGGAGCUGGAGGACGUAAUGAAGAGGGUCAGAGAGGCCCAGUCCACCAUUGCCGCCAUCAUAGUAGAGCCAGAGGAGGUGAAGAAACGCUCAUCCAGUCACUCCCGACGUUCCAGGAGAUCCAGAACACGGUCACGAUCGCAUUCCCGCUCAAGAACGAGGAGGAAGCGGUCCCAUUCUAGGCACAGAAGCAGGCUCUCUCAGAGGUCGCGGCCCAAGGUCAGCGAGUCCCACGUCUCUCGGGGGAUCCACAAGAGACUUUCACGCUCCAGAUCACGGGACAGGCGGAAAGAGAGGGAGCAGAGGACGAGAGGAAAGGAGGAUAUAUCUCGGGUUAUAGAGGAUAGGAGGCAGAAGGAGAAAAAGGCUAAAACACCUCCAAAAAGCUACAGUGCAUCCCAAAGGUCCAGGAGCACGAGCAGGGGCCACAGAAGGAAGAGCAGGGAUCGUUCUAGGAGUCCCAGAAGGAAAGCCAGGUCUCCCUCACCAAAGAGAGGGAGGAAAGACGAGAAGAGGGAGAAAGCAAGGGAUGGCAGCAGGGAAAAGAGGGAGAGUUCCAACUCCAGGAAGAAGAGCAGCCGAGAUAAAGAGAAGAUUGAGUUCAAGGCCAAACCUAUGAAGGUGGAAAGGGACUACGACAGGAAGGAGAAGGACUACCAGAGUGAAAGGGAGGGGUCGGCCACACCAAGCGAGGGUUUGACAUCACCCUGCGUCCAGCACAACGGCAGCUACAACACAAACACAGAGGAUGACGCUGCCUCGCUCGCCGACAGCACUGAGUGAUGGGUGUGAAACCAGGCAGAACCCUGGGAACGAGACAGUCCACUAUGUAUCCAGCUCCUGUGAUCUUUACCUUGGUAUAACAUACACAUACAUCCCUUCCUUUUCCCCAGGCUGGCACAAGUGUGCCGCCAACCAUUAGAUCUUAUCUGAUUAUUUUCCUAGUUCCAGUUUCUUGGUGUGUAUUUAGUGUAAGACCGUAUAAGAGAAUGCUGACCCCCUAUUCCCAUUGCUGUGAAUCUGUUGUCACAUGAUAUUCAUAUUGAAAAUAGACCUUAACGUGCACAGCUUGUUUUUAUAGAUGUGGAGAAUGUGUGCUUUUCCUACAGUAAGAACUGUGUUGAACAUAACAUGCUUGUGGUUGAUUUCCUGUUUCUUGGUUAAUUUGGUGUUUGUGCUAUCGUGCAACACUUAAUCUAUUUUGGUUACUACUAGAUGCAAGGUGUCUGUUUGUGCACAAUAUCUUAGUUUGCACCCAAUGUAAGAAACUGUUAUUUACAAAUUCUUACAAAAUCAAUAUUUCUAUAAAGUAAUAUUAUGUGGAAGAUCUUAUAAUGCAAGAUGUCUAGUGUCUGUUGCUGUUAGAAAGGCCUUUCUGAAGGCUUCAACCAGCUUCAUGGUUAAGCAUGCCAACCCUACAUUAUACAGAGGUUCAACUUGCUUGACACAUAGGAAUGAGUUAACAAUUCCCUGGCAGACAAGUCAAAGUGCCUAGACUGAAAUUGUACAAAAAUACACUAAUAAUAAACUUUAUGAAGUUAUUGAGAUGCAAGAUGAUGUGUUGGUAUUCUGCUUAAGCAAUCGGGAAAAGUUGUUAGAUAUGAGUGGUGUUGUAUUGGAUACAAACAGCAAGCGUAAUAUUCAUAAAAUCUCAGUUUUACCAAUCAUAAUUAAGUUAUAUUUGUAGUUUUGCGUUCGUUUGGUGGUGAUGGAUUCCAGUGUUUUGUAUGAACACAGUGGCCAUGGGGAACCCUGCAGUACAAAGUGUUCAAUUUGGCUCCAAUUUAUCAGCAGUAUUUUCUUUUGAACCAGAGUUUUUAUCAAAGCUAUGUAUGUGUUGCAGUGAGUAUGUAUGUAGUACAAGUUGAUUCAGGAGUGAGUGAACAUGGUUUUCUCCUCACCAAAUUGUGUUUACGUAUACAGUAUCUAUGCUUCGGAUUGAAGGACCUAAUUUUUACAGAGUUAAGAGAUACAUAAGGCAUUGGUCUGAGUUGUUUUAUCAUUUACAUUGUCUUAAUGAAGGGUAAAAAAUAAAAUAACAAUCCACAACA